UGACGUCUGGAGGCUGGGAUGCAAUGGACCUCACAUCUGCAAAGGAUGGAGUGCUGCUCAAUAACAAUCUCCCAGCACUUUCUCACAUGAUUGUGUGAUGCAGAAAGGAAUGGAAAGCAAGUCUACCUCGGUCUAUAUUGCCGCAGAAGUGCGUUCAGGAUGCAGUUUUGAAUUUCAGUCGCUCCAUAGGCUGGUAUUGACAGCAGAGGGGUAACAUAUUGGUCAUUCUCGGCUGGGGGUAACUUGGGAGAGGGUGAACGAUGGCAGGCGCUAAACUCACGCCAUCUCCUUCGGAGAUAGACCCAGACGUCAAGACCGAGGCGACGAAAACACCGGAGGAGCCGACUUGGGUCAACCCGUCGAAGCCGAUACGAACGAUGGGCUCUUUUGGGAGUGAUGCUGGGCAAAGGUAUCAGGAGGAGUACAGUAUGGACUCUACCAACGCCCAGGUGCAGGUGGAGUUCUAUGUGAAUGAAAACACCUUCAAGGAGAGGCUCAAGCUGUUCUUCAUCAAAAACCAAAGGUCAAGCCUGAGGAUCCGUCUGUUUAACUUCUCCUUGAAGCUGUUGACGUGUGCCCUUUACGUCAUCAGAGUGGCUCUGGACGACCCUGAACAGGUCACUGGAGUAUGUGUCAACUGUCAGAAUAGAACAAGCACAGCCACAGCAGAAUCCACAGAAAUCACAGAAAUCAACUGGGAGUUGAUUUUCUGGGUGAACAGAAGGGUUCCUGUCUGGGCAAUACAGGUGACUGUGGCCUUAAUCAGUUUCCUGGAGGCGAUGCUCCUCACGUAUCUCAGCUACAAGGGGAACAUCUGGGAGCAGAUGUUCCAGAUCUCCUUCAUCCUGGAGAUGAUUAAUACCGUGCCAUUUAUAAUUACUAUCUUCUGGCCUCCGUUGAGAAACAUCUUCAUCCCAGUGUUUCUCAACUGCUGGUUAGCCAAGUGUGCCCUGGAGAAUAUGAUUAACGAUCUCCAUCGUGCCAUCCAGAGGACCCACUCUGCCAUGUUCAACCAGGUCCUCAUACUUAUCUGCACCCUUCUCUGUCUGGUCUUCACUGGGGCAUGUGGUAUCCAGCAUCUAGAGAGGGCCGGAAAGAACCUGACUCUGUUCAACUCUCUGUAUUUCUGCAUUGUCACCUUCUCUACGGUGGGCUAUGGUGACGUCACACCUCAUAUCUGGCCUUCUCAGCUGCUGGUGGUCAUUCUCAUCUGUGUGGCCCUUGUGGUGCUCCCGCUACAGUUUGAGGAGUUGGCCUAUCUGUGGAUGGAGCGUCAGAAGUCAGGAGGGAACUACAGCAGACACCGGGCCCAGACAGAGAAACAUGCGGUCCUGUGUGUCAGCUCUCUGAAGAUAGACUUGCUCAUGGACUUCCUCAACGAGUUCUACGCUCAUCCUAGAUUACAGGACUACUAUGUGGUGAUCCUGUGUCCUACAGAGAUGGACAUCCAGGUGCGUCGCAUCCUCCAGAUCCCUCUGUGGUCCCAGAGGGUCAUCUAUCUCCAGGGCUCAGCACUCAAAGACACAGACCUCAUGAGGGCCAAGAUGGAUGAUGCAGAAGCCUGUUUUAUCCUGAGCAGUAGGAACGAGGUGGACCGCACUGCUGCUGAUCACCAGACCAUACUGAGAGCCUGGGCUGUGAAGGACUUUGCCCCAAACUGCCCCCUGUACGUCCAGAUCCUCAAACCAGAGAACAAAUUCCAUGUCAAGUUUGCUGAUCAUGUGGUCUGUGAGGAGGAAUUCAAGUAUGCCAUGCUGGCUCUGAACUGUGUAUGUCCAGCCACAUCCACACUGGUCACACUCCUGGUGCACACCUCCAGAGGACAGGAGGGCCAGCUGUCGCCAGAGCAGUGGCAGAGGACGUAUGGACGUUGCUCUGGGAACGAGGUCUACCACAUCCGCCUGUGCGAUAGCAAGUUCUUCGGGGAGUACGACGGGAAGAGUUUCACCUACGCCUCCUUCCACGCACACAAAAAGUAUGGUGUGUGUCUGAUCGGGGUGAAGAGGGAAGACAACAAGAGCAUCCUGCUGAACCCAGGUCCUCGCCACAUCAUGUCCGCCCCAGACACCUGCUACUACAUCAACAUCACCAAGGAAGAGAACUCCUCGUUCAUCUUCAAACAGGAGGAGAAAGACAAGAAGGGCCUGCCGGUGACCGGGCUGUAUGACGCCCCCUCCAGGCUGCCUGUACACAGCAUCAUCGCCAGCAUGGUUGAUCAGGCCAAUUUUUAUGGGACGGUCGCCAUGGACCUCCAGAACCCGGCGGACCCCCCAGAGGACUGCAGCAAACUGACCCUGCCUACAGAGAACGGGGCUGGGAGCAGACGGCCCAGCAUUGCCCCCGUCCUGGAGAUAGCUGAUUCCUCCUCCAUUUUGCCCUGCGACCUGCUCAGCGACCAAUCAGAGGAUGAGACCAACCACUCAGACGAGGAGGGCUCGUCGGUGUCAGACUUUGUGAAAGGAUACCCUCCCAACUCCCCAUACAUUGGCAGCUCUCCAACCCUGUGCCAUCUCCUACCUCAGAAAGCCUCAUUCUGCUGCCUUCGGCUGGACAAGGGUUGCAGACACAACAGUUUUGAGGAUGCCAAGGCCUAUGGUUUUAAGAACAAGCUGAUCAUAGUAUCCGCGGAGACGGCAGGGAACGGCCUUUAUAACUUCAUCGUCCCUCUACGUGCUUACUACCGCCCCAGAAAAGAGCUCAACCCAAUUGUACUGCUACUAGACUACCCGCCUGACAACCACUUCCUAGAAGCCAUCUGCUGUUUCCCAAUGGUCUACUUCAUGGGCGGCACCAUAGAUAACCUGGACAAUCUGCUACAGUGUGGCAUCAUCUAUGCUGAUAACCUGGUGGUGGUGGACAAGGAGAGCACCAUGAGUGCUGAGGAGGACUAUAUGGCAGAUGCCAAGACUAUCGUCAACGUACAGACAAUGUUCAGGCUGUUCCCCAGUCUCAGUAUCAUCACCGAGCUGACCCACCCCUCCAACAUGAGGUUUAUGCAGUUCAGGGCUAAGGAUUGCUACUCCCUGGCUCUCUCCAAGCUAGAGAAGAUAGAGCGCGAUAAGGGUUCCAACUUGGCUUUCAUGUUCCGCCUGCCGUUCGCUGCAGGCAGAGUGUUCAGUAUCAGUAUGCUGGAUACGCUGCUCUACCAGUCAUUUGUAAAGGACUAUAUGAUUCCCAUAGCAAGACUUUUACUAGGCCUGGAUACCACACCAGGGUCUGGUUACCUAUGUGCAAUGAAGGUGACAGAGGAGGACCUGUGGAUCAGGACGUAUGGCAGGUUAUUCCAAAAACUGUGUUCUUCCAGUGCAGAGAUUCCAAUAGGCAUCUACCGUACAGAGUCACACAUGUUCUCCUCCUCAGAGUCUCAAGUAUCCAUCAACGUAGAGAACACUGGUGGUGACGACCAGAGAAGCAAUCGUCGCGAGUCAUGGAAGGAGAAAACAGCUCAGCGGAAGUCCACCACCAGCGACCAAUCAGAACAUCCUUUGCUGAGGAAGAAGAGCCUCCAGUGGGCGCGGCGUCUGAGCCGUAAGAACACCAAGCCACCGAGUCGCACCGAGCGGAUCUCCCAGCAGCGCCUCAACCUGUACCGGCGCUCCGAGAGACAGGAGCUGUCUGAGCUGGUCAAGAACCGCAUGAAGCACCUAGGCUUGCCCACUGUCGGAUACGAGGAUGUUGCUAAUCUUACUGCGAGUGAUGUCAUGAACCGAGUAAAUCUAGGAUAUUUACAAGAGUUGCAGGGAAUUUCAGAGCCUCCGUUAAGAGAAGAGACCAGAACAGGGGCAAACACAGAUGAGAUGAACGACCACCAGAACAGUCUGUCCUACGUUCUCAUCAACCCCCCUCCAGACACCAUGCUGGAGCUCAAUGACAUUGUCUACAUCAUCCGGUCCGACCCGCUGGCAGGGCCCGACGUGCCCGAGGAUGCGGCUCAGGGGCAGAGCAGCGGCGGCGGCCAAACGAGGCAGGACUUUGGCACAGAGACCAGGGAUGAGACCCACCUCUGAAAUCCCCUCGCCUCACCACCCCCGGACCUCUUGCCCUCUUGUCUCACCACCCCCGGACCUCUUGCCCCCUUGUCUCACCACCCCCGGACCUCUUGCCCCCUUGUCUCUCCAUCCCCGGACCUCUUGCCCCCUUGUCUCUCCACCCCCGGACCUCUUGCCCCCUUGUCUCUCCACCCCCGACCUCUCGCCCCCUUGUAUCUCCACCCCCGGACCUCUCGCCCCCUUGUCUCUCCACCCCCGGACCUCUCGCCCCCUUGUCUCUCCACCCCCGGACCUCUCGCCCCCUUGUCUCUCCACCCCCGGACCUCUCGCCCCCUUGUCUCUCCACACCCGGACCUCUCGCCCCCUUGUCUCUCCACCCCCGGACAUCUUGCCCCCUUGUCUCUCCACCCCCGGUCCUCUAGCCCCCUUGUCUCUCCACCCCCGGACAUCUCGCCCCCUUGUCUCUCCACCCCCGGACCUCUUGCCCCCUUGUCUCACGGCCUUUGCACGUGAUACAUUCUAUUUGUGCCAUACAAGGGGAAGAUCCCCACUGCCCUUGCCCACCCUUACCUUCCAAUCCCCCUUCACCCUAUGUCAGACUUACAGAGAGACACGUGUCACUGAGCUGCUAUGGGAGGAUGCAUGAAGAGUGCCUCGUCAUUACCUUAACCUCUUAGAGAGCAUCAGACACACAGACUCAGACAUUGCCCUCUUUGCAAAAGAUAAAACAUGAACAAUGCACCAGUCGAUGGAAACAUACUGGUAACCAACCAAAGGAGAGGAGAGACAGAUUAUGUCGGAGGUCAUGUGAUGCUCUGAAUAUUUAGAGGUUUGUUUGAUUUAGCUCGUCGGCAUACUAGGUGGGUGGAGCUUGCUUACACUUUAGCACCAAUAGAAAGGUGUCGAAAGGGCAAACUCUGCCCAAAUGGCGCGCCUGCGAGCUACACCAAGCACACUUGGCAUGUGUGUGUGUAGACUGUGUGAAUAUCAGUUGCAAAAUCAAGUCAUGUACAGAAAAUGUUAUUCCUUAACAAGAAUUCCUGGCAGUAUUCUUACACAUCAAUCAUGAAAGUACAUGAGAACUUAUUAUUUUCCUUAUGAGCACAACCCACUGGGCCCAGACGUCAAUUCAACAUCUAUUCCACGUUGGUUCAACUUCACAGUGUGAAGACUUUUAUAAGCAAUUUUUUUAAACACUAUCUUUUACUGCUCAUUCUGUAUACAUUUUUUUUUUUCAAAUAUCAUGCUAUUUGUUAUUAAAAAGUAUAGAAUACUUAAUGGAUGGAUGAACCUUAAUAAAUUACGCCAUGCACCUACGUCAUUCUAUUUGUGCCAUACAGUUUCUGGUUCUUUAUGUAUCAGUCAAUGUUCUACGAAAGCCAAUGAUCAAUCAUUCCACAUUUCUGACAGGAUUUGAUUAAUUACAGUAGAACAAUCUUUCACAGCUGUUUACAGUGGCAACCCUAUGUUAUGAACACUUGUUAUGAGUACUUAUAUUGCACAAUAAGAUACAAGCAUAGUUAAAGUGAUAGGUCACUCCAAAAUGAUAUCAAAAGUAAUCUGAUGUUGAGUUGGAGUGAACUAUUACUUGAAGUCUGUUAAUAUGGCUUGGAGUGCAAUGUUGCAAGCUUGCCUUCCAAUAUGUCAUUUCACUUGUACAGUAAAUGUAGUAUUGUGUGUGCUUUAUAUAUUUUAAUAAUUAUUUAAGAUAUUUAUGUUGUAUUUCUGAUACUGUUUUGCUUGGACUAAUAUGUGUGGUGAUAUUAUUGUAAACAUUUUUUUAUCCUCAUUGUUUGGUUCAGCGUUCUUUUGGUCAUUAUUAGUCAAAUGAAAACAAAUGGGACUUGAAAUAUUUUUGCACUAAGCUCUGUGGUCGUUAAUAGAGCAUUAUAGCAUGACCCUUUAACCCGAAACUUUAACGAUACAAUAAAAGACUUUAGUAUUUGCACAGUAUGAAUCAGCCGCCAUACAGUCAGUGUUAUAUAUAGUAUAUCAACUUUUAAAGGGCUGUAUUCAAUCCGAUCGCUUUAGACGACAUCCGCAUAGCGGUUGUUUUUCGGUGUUAGAGCUAUCAAAUCCACAAGCAGCUCCUGGCAUACCUAAAGAGGACAUUGGCUAUUCCCAAUUUAGCGGAGACGGCAUUCACCGGUAAACACUGCAUAUUACCUUCACAUUUCUAUCGCGGAGUCUAACGCUUCAGCUGUAAAGAUUGAAUAGAGCCCUAGGCCUUUUAAGUACAUUUGCAAAGUUUUAAAUGAUCAUUGUCAUUUGUAAACAACAGAAUAUAUUUUGAUAUGUGCCAUUUCUGCUUGUUUGUUAUAAAAUGUACUAGGGAAGUAGUUCUGAACAUGCAUUGCCUGAAUGAGAUUAAGUUGAUGGAAAGGUUAGAUAAGGAAAAAAGUGGGUUAUGUCAGGCUUUUACAUUAUUUUGCCGUUUGAAUAUCUCUGGAGUAGUCCUUGAUGUGUUUUGGGAUGUAAUGUAACGCAAUGUGUCCCCCAUUCCCAUUGAAGUACUGUAUGUAUGUGUAGAUCAAAUAUGUUCCAUACUAGCCAGGCCCCCAGAAGGGCAGUUUACAGAUCAUCACCUCUUGUCCUCCCCCCUCAUCGUUGUUGUAUGUGAACGGAACCACAAGGGAAUUCUCUUAUUGGAGUUGUUCCGUAAAAAAAAUAUGUUUUUGAAGUUCAUACUGUAAUAUAGAAAGGGGCAUGCAAACACAAAAAGCAUGUUUUGAGAGAAAGUUUGCCAAACCAGAUACGUUUUCCUACAGUUAGGUGACCUGGGUGAAGUAUCACAACUAGAAAAUUAAUCAUAUCUCCCACUUGUUAUUUGUCUGCAUAUCAUUAUAAUGGGACCAUGCAUGUCCUCCAGACAAAGUCUUCUGUUUACCUUUAUCAUAUUUUUAGUUAAUUGUCAAAAAGGUUUUAUCCAUUUUGUACUUUUUCUUAUUCCGAAGUAUGUGUACUUCUCUACCGUGAUGUAAAAUAUGAACAAUAAAUGCUGCAUGCAGCCAGAAACAUUGGAAUGGAAAAACACUCCUGUAGUUUAAUCACAGAGAGAAAUGAUCACUCAAACACAUCUAAUGGUGGGGUUGCUCACCCUUUGUCACCACAGGAAAGGGGAAAAAC